GUUCGUUCACUCAUUCAGUUUUGAGACAUAGCCGAGCAAGGAUCUACGAAGAAAACCGAGAAGAAAAAUAACGGAAGACAGUUUUUUACCUACCAAGAGUUAAGAAGAGUGAAAAAUUUCUUCAGAAAGUUUACAUGCUGUACUUUGCGGUAGAAAGAAGUAAAUAAACAUAGUUCAAACGUGUGGAGUUCAGUUUAACCGGUCGAUAAUACGCUGAAAACGGAAGAAGUGUGUGGAUUUUUUCGUUUCUCGCACAGCCGAAAAAACGCAGAAGGAAUAUUUGCGUUAAAGGGAAAGUUCGACAUUGAAACGACGACACACACAGUCAAACGUGGUGAAAAAGCAGUGUGAAGUCGGUGGAACGUUAACGAGAGCCGACGGGUAACUUUAUCGAUUUUCGAGAGUGAGUCGAGUUUGGAUACGCUAGACGUCGCACGUAGUCGUGUCAGUCGGUAGUUUUGGAAGCCGCUUGUGUACAACUCGAGGAGUAAUCGAUAAUCGUAACUUGAAUCUACUAUUUGAUUGUAUUUGGAGUGAGAAGUUAUUUAACAAGAAAACACGAAAAUGGCUUUCAUGAUGCCAGUGAUGAAGAACGAGUUCGACAUCUACAAGGGCCGACAGCGACGCGUGUCCGAGUGUUCGAACAACAGUUCCUGCCGUUCGCGAAAGGUGUCCGAGAGUUCGCGGUCCGAUUGCCCAAGUUUGUCAACGUCACCGGGCAAUGAGUUUAUGGCCGGAUCGCCAGCUCGUCAUCGCAGCCAUCCGAUGUACAUGUCGCAUCUGGGUUCCACCCGGCCGCAGUUUUCGCGUAAUUCUUCGCGAACCUCGCAGACAUCGCUGAUUACCAGCCCUAGUAAGGCCAGCUCGGGCAGUAGUCCGCCGAAGCCGGCAACCGCCGACAGCCAGAGCAGUUUGAACAAGUUCCAUAUCCGGUUGGUGGACAAGCUCCGCAAGUCGUUACGAAAGAGCAAGUCCACCGAAGGCCGCUCAUGAGAAGAUAAGCCGAUAUCCAGUAGUGACCCUCCAGACGCCGAUACGGAUCUACGGGAUGAUGCAGAUGUUGAUGACGACGAAGACGUGGGACAGGUUGAGAACGGGGAGUUGGUGCUGUCGGAUAGUAUCCUGCACGUUACGUCCAAGCCACCGCUUCCCCGUCAUCGUUCCGGUGCACCGCAACGGACCAGUAGUUGCAGCGAUAGCGGCCGGUGCCGAUCCAGGCGUGGCACUUUCAGUGCCCCGAGGUAAUUUCUGGCGAAAGCUUCUUGUGAAUUUGGCAGUAGUGAUGGGAGGGGCGAGUUUAGAUCUAAUCCUGUUAAUGCCCUAUUAUGGCUGUACACGCAAUUUAACUAUUAUGAGACCAACAACGGAAUACCUAUCAUCCAGGAGGAACGGGUGCCAUUAAGUGCGAUGUUUAUAUGUGUAAACCGUGGCCAGAACAACGCCAGCAAAGGCGUACUUGUACAUCGAAACAUAGAAAAUAGCACAAUAUCUGAUCGCAAGUACGUACGUUAAAUUUUACAGCUUACCAAGGACAGAAGAAAUUUGGUUCUAAGUUAGGAGGCAGCAGCUUUAGCUAUUUAGUUAACAGUUACAAUUUGGUUUUUCAUAGACAAGAUAUUUUACUCUCUCCUUUUAUCAAACGAAAACGCAUUCAACAUCGAAGACUAACCACUAUGUUAAAGACAUCUUCUGUAUGGAUGAUUCGCCUCGUUGCUCAAAGUUUACCGAGAAAGUCGUUUCUGUUGAAUAAUCGUUGUUUUACCGCAAAUCAAAUAUAAGCAAGCAAAGCUACAAACUUACGUAACGCAUACCUACUGUUGUAUACAUGCCUAAUGGAUAAACACAGAUUGGCCACGCUUGUAAACGCGGACCACUCUCUUUGGAAGCGAGCUACAUGUAUAUCUUACCCAAUAAUCGAAUAUUCUAAACAAAUUGGUGUUGAAUAAGCAAAAGCAAAACCACAAACGGUACCUUAUCGACCGAGGACGUCAGAUCGAAAUGCAUUGAACUAAUCUAAUCCAAAUCUGUGAUAUGUGCUUAAUAUACAUAGAUUUACAUCAGAUAAUUAAAAACAAAAUCAGAAUACAAUAUACAUUAUAUACACGGUUUUACUCAAUCAGCCCUCUAUUCGGGCCCGAUAUUGAAAACAAACACACCAAAUUAUCACCGGUUUUAGUGCAAAAGCGAAUCCCUUUUGGUUUUACGAUACAAAAAAAAACUAUAUAGAUGUCUAACUGUGUGUUCAUGUCUCGUGUUUGGGUGUUAUCAAAUCAGACUCGCAGGAGAGGAGAGACGAGCAAAACAAACAAAAAGUUGAAUCUUGUGCGAGAGAGACACAUUACAGGCAUAGUUUAUGACCACGCAUUAUCACACAUACUCAUAUCCAACAUGCAUUAAAUUCAGUGAGAAAUAAACAAAAUUAAAGUACAUUUUUGUUUCUCGAAGCCUGUGUGAAGAAGUUAGCUGUGAUUCGAAAGAGUAUCAACAAUUGAGUGCACCAUGUGAGGGCUUGUUCAUUUGUGUCACAUGAAAUUAGAAAAUCGACAAAGCAAGCGAAGUAGCCUGGGAGGGAUCACGAGCACAGACAAACUGUGAAGGUUUUAUUUUUGGUCGAGUUUUCGAAAUUAAUUUGCUUGAGAGGAAAUGCCGCAUCACGUGAUUUGUUUGUGGUCGGUCCGACAAAUUUAUUUACAAAAAAAAAUCUACUGAGGGUAGGUCGAAAUGCAAUACGAACUGUAAAUAUAUCGCGCUUGCUAUAUACAUCUACAAUUUCCUGUUGCUCGCGUUGCCACUUCAAGUCUAGAAAUUUGAGGCAUGUUUGUUCACAAUUUCAUACUUUUUGACUAAGCUGUAUAUCCUACUUGGAGACCUACGAUUAGCUUGAUUCAUAUAUAGAUGUCCUACUUACAGAGCUUUCCCUUUCCCACAUGGUAGAUGUAUAUUGACACAUUUGAAUAGUAUUAGCAAAAUAUGAACAAAAAAAAUCAAAACAAAUGAACACUUAAUGAAUAUCACGCAAAACAAAGCUUUAUUUUAAUUAAAGACUGCUGCUUAGGUUAAAUUGUAUUUUAUGUUCCCUUAGAAAAUAACGAACCAACAAGUUACUAUACAAUUAGAACUCUAUACUUUGUUUGAUAAUAAGCUUCGCUGCAUGCCUUGAAAUAGGCACACUGACGUACAUUUCUAUGGAGCGCGGUUAGCUGUCAUAACUUUCAGGUUAUGUGUCACACUUCAUACAAAUGCAUGUCAUGUCUGUCGGCUUUUAGAUUUCAAAAUCCGUCGAAAAUUGGUAGCGAAUUUAUAGGGAUACAUUUUGCAUUAACAUUUAAGUGCUUUGUAUUUUCUCCCACUCCCUCCUUCGGUGAGUGUUUGUUUGUGUGUGGCGUUUGCAGAAACGAAACAACUAAGGCAAUUCACUAGCUAAUUUGAACUACUUUGGAAGAUGUCUAUUUUCCGAGCCAAAAAAAAAAAACGCAAAAGUAAAACAUUCCACUUUGCCAAAACACAUCUCAGAAAGGAAAGGGUCGAGAGAGAAAGGGCUGUAGGAUUGAGUGACGGAAAUCUCCCUUUUUGCGAGAGAAAUCGGUUUCUAGUGCCCAAAAGUUUAUUGUCUAGUUUCAACGAAAUAAUUUAUUUCCUUUGUUUGUAUAAGUGUAUUAGUAGAUUUUUGUUUUAGCAUUAAGAAGAACACACAUAUAUUUUAUACGAUCAUAUGAUGUAUUGGACUUACAACAUAAACAUGAUACCUUGAAUUGAAAAUAAAUUACCACUAUUACGGAAAAAA